CUAAAAUGCGGCAAAACAGUGAUUUUCGGAUUGAAAACAAACGGUCGCCUACCGUUCACGCAUUUUGGCGUCGGAUUGCUUUGGUUUGUUGUUAUGCCAAUAGUUGAAGCUGGCAUUCACCGUUCUUUGAAGUAAAAAGUAAGCCUGUGGUGGUUGUUUGGCGUUGCACCGAUGGAGAUGCCAGCUUCUAGCAAACAACUCCAAACGGAGAAUGAAGAGCUUCGCCAGCAGUUGCACGUCUACAGGAACAAGUAUGAGGUAGCCAACAAAACCAUCAUCGAUCUGUCGGAAGAGCUGGAACAGAUGGUGGCCAAAUCGGCUGAAGAGAAAAAGCAUCUGCGCUUCAACUAUGAAGAGCAGCUUAAAGCACAAAAAUCCAUCAUAGAUCAAUUGAAGGCAAAGGUAGAGGAAAGGAUUGAAGUUGUUCCAGCUAUCGAUUCUAUUCCCGAUGUACCGACCGCCAUAUCCGACCCCCAGCAACCCCAGCCAAGUGUGGAACAAGACUGGGAAAACGAGGAAAAACGAUAUGUGGCCGAAAUCGAAUUGCUCCAGGAACAGAUCGUAUCCACUACGAAUGAACUCCAACGGACCAGGUGGGAAAUGUCCAAAGCGAACGACGAACUGCAAAUGGCGAAAGAACAGAUUGAAUCCAAGCAGGCCGAUCUGCUCAACGAAAGGGAAAUAGCAACCGAGCUGCGCACGUUGCUGGAAGCGGCCCAACAGCAGUCCGCGUUGCUAUCGGCCGAGCUCGCCGGCAUACGGUCCGGUACGAGCAAUGAAAAUACGAAAGGAAAUUCUCUGUUCGGUGAGGUUGCCGAUCAGCGCUCCAAGGUGCUGAAGACAUUCUCCACGCUGAAGGCGGCUCACCUGAAGCUGAAACAGGAGCACGCCGAUUGUCCGCGACAGAUACGGGAGUUGCGCGAUUUGAUUCAGCAAUCGGAAAGACUGUACGGACAGUGCCUGAAGCUGAUGAAAGCGGCGGAGAAUGAUGCGCUGAUAACGCUCCGAGAGCAAAACGGCGAACUACACGAGCAGCUUGAGAAGGCGUUGGGUCGCGUUCGCUAUUUGGAACACGAGAUGGCAACCAACAGUGCCGAUUGGGUUAAUAAGCUGGUGCUGUACUAUACGGAAGAGAUGCAGAAGUUGGAACUGAGGCUACGCACCUGUCAGUUUCGGCAACGGGAAGCGAUGGAGUUGCGCCAGGAUGCGGUCAAGGAUGCGUGGACGUGGCGGCUAGAGGCACAGCGAUUGAGGGCGAACAAUUUGAACGUUGAUCGGGAGGGUUCUUCUGCGUUGUUGGUGUGUCAGGACCCAGCUGUCGCUGAAAAGUUCGAAAAACAGGAAGAGAGUGAGGUGCCGGACUGCGAGAAGGAGAACAUAGGCGUACUUCGUGCUGAACCACCCUCCACGACUCAUAGCAAUGAAGCUGAAUCCAGCGAUGAAACUUGCAGUACUGUUCCAAGUGCUGAAAAUACAGCCACGAUACCUCCGAAAGCUGGUGGCGCUCUGCAGGAGUCUAAACAACAAAAAAACCCGGAACCGGAUGCAGCCACCAUUAGGAUUGUACCCUGGAAAUGCUACAAAAUCAGUGACCUGAAGAAGAUUCACUACAAGGAGCUGAACCAAUCCGAUGCUGAAAACCGAACAAGUAACGAGGACACGAAUGAGGAAAAGCCACAAUGAGAAUAAAAUAAGGUAAACAGAAAACGGUA